AUGGUCAGGCUCCUCUUGGUUUUCUUCCCAGCGAUCUUUUUGGAGAUGUCCCUUCUCCCCAGACACCCCGGCGGGAGAGUGUUGCUGGCGGGAGCCUCGUCUCAGCGCUCGGUGGCCAGAAUGGACGGGGAUGUCAUCAUUGGGGCGCUCUUCUCCGUGCACCACCAACCUCCAGCGGAGAAGGUGCCAGAGAGAAAGUGUGGGGAGAUCAGGGAGCAGUAUGGCAUCCAGAGGGUGGAGGCCAUGUUCCACACGCUGGAUAAGAUCAAUGCGGACCCGGUGCUCCUGCCCAACAUCACCCUGGGCAGUGAGAUCCGGGACUCCUGCUGGCACUCCUCUGUGGCUCUGGAACAGAGCAUCGAGUUCAUCCGAGACUCUCUGAUUUCCAUUCGGGACGAGAAGGACGGCCUCAACCGGUGCCUGCCUGAAGGCCAGUCCCUCCCCCCAGGCAGAACUAAGAAGCCCAUUGCGGGCGUGAUAGGCCCAGGCUCCAGCUCCGUGGCCAUUCAAGUGCAGAACUUGCUCCAGCUCUUUGACAUCCCCCAGAUCGCGUAUUCCGCCACCAGCAUCGACCUGAGUGACAAAACUUUGUACAAAUACUUCCUGAGAGUUGUUCCUUCCGACACAUUGCAGGCGAGGGCGAUGCUUGAUAUAGUCAAGCGUUACAAUUGGACCUAUGUCUCUGCAGUCCACACGGAAGGGAAUUAUGGGGAAAGCGGAAUGGAUGCUUUCAAAGAGCUGGCUGCCCAAGAAGGCCUCUGCAUCGCCCAUUCAGACAAAAUCUACAGCAAUGCUGGGGAGAAGAGCUUCGACCGACUCCUGCGCAAGCUCAGAGAGCGGCUUCCCAAGGCCAGAGUAGUGGUCUGUUUCUGCGAAGGCAUGACAGUCCGGGGACUCCUCAGCGCCAUGCGGCGCCUCGGUGUUGUGGGCGAGUUCUCACUCGUUGGAAGUGAUGGAUGGGCAGACAGAGAUGAAGUCAUUGAAGGUUAUGAGGUGGAAGCCAACGGGGGAAUCACAAUAAAGCUGCAGUCUCCAGAGGUCAGGUCAUUUGAUGAUUAUUUCCUGAAACUGAGGCUGGACACCAAUACAAGAAAUCCCUGGUUCCCUGAGUUCUGGCAACAUCGGUUCCAGUGCCGCCUACCAGGACACAUUCUGGAAAAUCCCAACUUUAAACGAAUCUGCACAGGCAAUGAAAGCUUAGAAGAAAACUAUGUCCAAGACAGUAAGAUGGGUUUUGUCAUCAAUGCCAUCUAUGCCAUGGCCCAUGGUCUGCAGAACAUGCACCAUGCCCUCUGCCCUGGCCAUGUGGGUCUCUGUGAUGCCAUGAAGCCCAUCGACGGCAGCAAACUCCUGGACUUCCUCAUCAAGUCCUCAUUCAUUGGCGUGUCUGGAGAGGAGGUGUGGUUUGACGAGAAAGGUGAUGCUCCUGGCAGGUAUGAUAUUAUGAAUCUUCAGUAUACAGAAGCCAAUCGCUAUGACUAUGUGCAUGUUGGAACCUGGCAUGAAGGUGUCCUGAACAUUGAUGACUACAAAAUCCAGAUGAAUAAGAGUGGAGUUGUACGGUCUGUGUGCAGUGAGCCUUGUUUAAAGGGUCAGAUCAAGGUCAUACGUAAAGGAGAAGUGAGCUGCUGCUGGAUUUGCACAGCCUGCAAAGAGAAUGAAUUUGUGCAAGAUGAGUUCACCUGCAAAGCUUGUGACUUGGGGUGGUGGCCCAAUGCAGAUCUAACAGGACUUGAGCCCAUUCCUGUCCGCUAUCUUGAAUGGAGCAACAUAGAAUCAAUCAUAGCCAUCGCCUUUUCUUGCCUGGGCAUCUUGGUUACCCUGUUUGUUACUCUCAUCUUUGUGCUAUACCGAGACACUCCUGUGGUCAAAUCUUCCAGUCGGGAACUCUGCUACAUCAUCCUGGCUGGCAUCUUCCUAGGCUACGUGUGCCCUUUCACUCUCAUUGCUAAACCUACUACCACAUCCUGCUACCUCCAGCGCCUCCUGGUUGGCCUCUCCUCUGCCAUGUGCUACUCUGCCUUGGUGACCAAAACCAAUCGCAUUGCACGCAUUCUGGCUGGCAGCAAGAAGAAGAUCUGUACACGGAAGCCUAGGUUUAUGAGUGCCUGGGCCCAGGUGAUCAUUGCCUCAAUUCUGAUUAGUGUGCAGCUAACCCUUGUGGUAACCCUGAUCAUCAUGGAACCCCCCAUGCCCAUUCUGUCCUACCCAAGCAUCAAGGAAGUCUACCUUAUUUGCAAUACCAGCAACCUGGGUGUUGUGGCCCCUUUAGGCUACAAUGGACUCCUCAUCAUGAGCUGUACCUACUAUGCCUUCAAGACUCGCAACGUACCUGCCAACUUCAAUGAGGCCAAAUAUAUCGCCUUCACCAUGUACACCACCUGCAUCAUCUGGCUUGCUUUUGUGCCCAUUUACUUUGGGAGCAACUACAAGAUCAUCACCACCUGCUUUGCAGUGAGCCUAAGUGUAACGGUGGCCCUGGGGUGCAUGUUCACUCCAAAGAUGUACAUCAUUAUUGCUAAGCCUGAGAGGAAUGUCCGCAGUGCCUUCACCACCUCGGAUGUAGUCCGCAUGCAUGUUGGCGAUGGCAAGCUGCCCUGCCGCUCCAACACUUUCCUCAAUUUUCGGAGAAAGAAGCCAGGGACAGGGAAUGCCAAUUCUAAUGGCAAGUCUGUGUCAUGGUCUGAACCAGGUGGAAGACAGGUGCCCAAGGGACAGCACAUGUGGCACCGCCUGUCCGUGCACGUGAAGACCAACGAGACGGCCUGCAACCAAACGGCCGUCAUCAAGCCCCUCACUAAAAGUUACCAAGGCUCCGGUAAGAGCCUGACUUUUUCAGAUACCAGCACCAAGACCCUCUACAAUGUUUCGGAGGAAGAGGACGCCCAGCCAGUUCGCUUCAGUCCUCCCAGCAGCCCUUCCAUGGUGGUGCACCGACGCGUGCCUCCUGCCGCGACCACCGCACCUCUGCCACCCCCCUUGACCACCGAUGAGACCCCUCUCUUCCUGGCCGACCCUGCCAUCCCCAAGGCCUUGGCCCCUCCACUCCAGCAGCCGGCACCGCCAUCGCAGCCACAGCAGCCGCUGUUGCAGCAGCAGAAGUCUCUGAUGGAUCAGCUGCAGGGAGUGAUCAACAACUUCAGUCCCGGGCUCCCGGAUUUCCACGCGGUGCUGCCAGGCCCCGGGGGCCAAGGCCCAGGGCUGCGGCCUCUGUACCCUCCCCCGCCGCCACCGCAGCACCUGCAGAUGCUGCCGCUGCAGCUGAGCGCUUUCGAGGAGGAGCCCGUGUCCUCCCCAGCGGAGGAUGAGGAUGACAGCGAGAGGUUUAAGCUCCUCCAGGAGUAUGUGUACGAGAGGGAGGGGAACACUGAGGAGGACGAGCUGGAGGAGGAAGAUGAGGAGCUGCCGGCGGCGGCGGCGGCGGCAAGCAAGGUGACUCCGGAGGAUUCGCCAGCCCUGACGCCCCCGUCUCCUUUCCGAGACUCGGUGGCCUCCGGCAGCUCGGUGCCCAGCUCCCCCGUGUCGGAGUCGGUGCUGUGCACCCCGCCCAACGUGAGCUACGCCUCUGUCAUCCUGAGGGACUACAAGCAAAGCUCUUCCACCCUGUAG